CAAGCAAAUAACGCAACACAGCUUUUGGAUCUCAUCGCCAGCAGUUCACAAGCUGAACUAGACCCACCAGUUGAACGUAAAAAAACACGAACAGAGAACUGGAAAGACGAAGAAAAAAACGAACUUCUCUCACUGAUAGAGAGAUACAAGAGAGAGAUAGAAUGUAAAGGACGAACCAGCGAAUGUAAGAAAAAAGUAAAACAAGCCUGGGAUGACGUCACACAAGAACAUAGAGCAAAAUACCCGUCACGUGACCUACAGAAAGUGAAAGAACAAUAUCAGAGGAUGAAAUCAUUGGCUAAACAAGACAUGAAAAGGGCAAAGAGAAACCCUCAUGGCAUUAGACUUUCUGGUUUUACUAGAAGAAUAUUUGAUAUUUGUCCUGAAGAUUUUGUAGACUUUAAGGAUCUUUUUGAGUCUGAAUUAAACACUGGGGAUACAACAGAGCCAGACCAAGUCACAGACGUGGUUGAUGGAACAAAUAGCGGCAGUUUUCAGCCGUCUUCUAACCUCAAUAAUGAAGGUCACCAGGAAUCGACGGAAAGUUACAAUGAACAUAACAUAGAUGAUGAUGUAACAUCUUCAAACUUGCAAGUUGAAGUUACAGCAAAUUUCAACGAGAAUCAAGAGCUUACUCAGGAAUUGUUUUACGGUACAGAUGUCCAAGCUCACGAAGAAGCCACAGACAGAAUUCAAAACCAGAACAUUGAGAUGGAGCCUCAGCCUCAGAUAGAGGAUUUCGCUGACACAGAAGGGAAAAGAAAAUCUCAUCCAUCUACACAGGUUAGACACGGAUGUAGAAACUUGAAUAAAAGACGACGGUUUGGUGAGAUUUAUGAACUUGAAGUUGAAGAACGAAAAUGUAGACUAGAAAUAUGCAAGUUACAGAUGAGAGAGAAAGAAGAAAAACUAAAGCAAAGAUCAGAGAAACAUGAUGUGGAAAUACAACUAAAAAAACAAAAACAUGAACAGAGAAUGAGAGAGAGAAAAGAGAAACUGAGAAUGGAGAUAGAAAGACAUGAGCUAGAGCAGAGACUUUUAGAACAGAAGCUCUACAAGGAAGAAAGUAAAGGGAUGUUGACAUCAAGCCACGAGAUACUGGAUGUAGCAGGACCCAGCUACACACAGCUGUAGGUCAAGGCGUGUUUCUGUUUAUGGUUUUGUUGGGC